AUGCGACGACACAAGGUCUUUCUCUUCGGCGCAUUGGCCUUGUGUGUCCUCUCCCUGCUGCAAUACUGCAAGGCCCUCCACCACAUGCUUAUGCUGAGAGAGCUGUAUACCUCCUCCGUCAACCUCGAGGCCCUGGGCUUCCUCUGGAGAGGGAAUGUUCGCUCAGACACGGGCCUGUGGGAACCAGGGGAUGACCGGGAGGACCAAGGGAAUGCGGAGGUGGAGAGACGGACUGGGCAUGGCGGUGAGGACCCAUGGCGCAAGGAGCAGCCUGACUCAGGGAAUGUAAACAGAAUGACGGUCACUCUCCCAGACCCCAAAGGACCAUGGGGGGAACUUCACAAACGGAGCUUCCAUCUUCGCGAUGACCCCACCCCAUUCUUUGCGCACACCAAGUCUGGAGCAUAUUGCUUCAGAGAGGGGACGGAAAUGGCUUUUCUCAAAGACGACUCAGGACAAGCAGCACGAGAGGGCCAGCGUAAGAUCCUGCAUGCACAGCAAGAGGAACCCAAUUCAGCCCAGGGGAAAUACGCCCGGGGGAAAAGGCUGGUGAAGUGUAUCUGUCGCCAAGGCUGGCACGGCCCUCACUGUGGCAUCCCCACCAUGGUGCAACACUCCAACCUGCCCACUAAGGCGCGUCUGACACUGAGAAAGGUUCCUCGAAGGGUCAUCAAUGCCAUUAAUAUCAACCACGAGUUUGAUCUCCUCCACGCCCGCUUUCACGAGCUGGCCGACACUGUCGACCUCUUCCUGGUGUGUGAGUCAAACUUCACGGCCUAUGGAAAUUCCAAGCAGCUGCACUUCCUGCGCCUCCUGCUUAACGGGACCUACAACUAUAUGCGCCACAAGAUCCUCUACAUCUUCCUUGAUCACUUCCCUAAAGGUGGCCAGCAGAACGGGUGGAUCGCUGACGACUACCUGCGGACGUUUUUAAGCUAUGACGGGAUGUCCAGGGUACAAGGUGCCAGGCCGGAUGAUGUCUUCCUCAUCAACGACGCAGAUGAGAUCCCGGCUCGCGAGGGCAUCCUCUUCCUCAAACUCUACAAUGGCUGGACGGAACCUGUGUCCAUCCACAUGAGAAAGUCCCUUUAUGGUUUCUUCUGGAGGCAGCCCGGGACACUGGAAGUCCACUCCGCCUGCACUGUUGCCAUGCUUUUCGCCGUCUACAAUGGAGACGGGAUAUCACUGAGGCGCAGGGACUACUUCUCCAUGCCGGGUUUCCGGAACUAUCAGAGGGAGAGUGGACACAUCCUGGUGCACUGGUCCAUUGGGAGCCCCGUCCACUACGCAGGCUGGCACUGUUCCUGGUGCUUCAGACCAGAGGGAAUCUCCCAUAAACUAAUCUCUGCCCAGAAUGGAGACUUCCCCCGCUGGGGCGACUACGUGGAAAAACGAGACCUGAAUUACAUCAAGGGCUUGAUCCGGACUGGGGGAUGGUUUGAUGGCUCGGUGGGGGAGUACCCACCCACAGACCCUAAAGAGCCUAUGUACGCACCCAAAUAUCUGUUAAAGAACUUUCCGCUGUACCGCUACAUACUUGAGAACCCAUAUGCCUGAAUCUGGUAGAAAACCGGUGAGGAUUAUUUUCUCAUUGUUGAUUUCAAUGGAAGGAUUUUUAACUUCAAGGGGUGUUGUCUGAACACAACUAUGAAAACUCCACCUACGCCUCUGAUUUAAGGGCAAUCUCCACUUCCUGUCAGAAGAAGAAGUAGCUAGUGGUUGAGAGGGGGUGUAAUGAGUGACAUCUGAGACUCAUUCUAUCCGAUUCUAUCCCUUUUCAAUCACAAUAUUUAAAUGAUAGUUUAACAAUCCUCAACGACAAAGGCCUCUUCUACUCCAGAGCAUUCAAGGACCGGUUUACGUUUGGGACAUGAUGACUGUUGACUUUUGUACAGUUCCUAACUGUAGACGUGAUGGCAGACAGGUAUAUAUGUAUAGAAGAUCUAUCUGAUGAUGGCCAAUGGCCAGUGAUACUGUAGUUUUCCCUCAGUCAGAUCAACAAUGUGCCUCUAGUGCCACCAGUUUUGCGUUUCCAGAGACCUUUGUGAAGAAAGAGACCUGAAAAACGAUCAGUGCACCUUUCUGUGGUGGUAAAACUGUGUUACUGUGCUGAAAUGGUUGUUCGAACAACACAGGGAAAUAUAGCGGGAAACGGAAAGUCGGUUUUAUAUUGUUUAAUACAAAUCCAGGUUUCCCUCACUAAUAUGGGCUUAUCUUAGCCGUCGCUUAAUUUGACUACACAACUUUCUCAUAGCCUUCUUGUAAACAGAUUGUGUAUGGUUUACAGGUGAAUAAAUGUGAGGCCAAAAAGAAUAUGUAAUUAGAACCAUGGAAUCAUGCAAACAAUUGUCACAUUGCUUUUAGACAUUUCUGUAAUUUGUAUUCGUUGUUCAUUGAGAGAGAAAAUUCUUGAGAAACAAAAUCCAUUUCUUCUGCUAUGGUCUAGUGAUUCACAUCACGUCUGGUAAUUCAAUCUGUUCUAGACACUCAACUUGACAUGUAUAUAAGACAACGCAAUGGUUUCCUUGGUUUCGUCCUUAAAAAUGGAUUACAAUUCUUCAACAACCAAAUAAUUAACAUCAUAAUAAUAUUCCUACAGAUCUUAGGGACAUAUCCCCUGUGAAUAGGAUGUAUAGCAAUGACAAUUAUGAAUGUAUUAAUGCUUAGUUAAGAAACAACAGACUGUCUGCCAUCAAUCGGAUCAGCCUUCGAUACGCUGCAAGUAAUUUGUUCCUGCCUGAAUUACAAUAGAGUACACUGAGAGGCCUAUUCAACAGAAACCAGUGCCUCAGCAAAACAAAAACAAAAUAAUUAUGUUGUGAAUAUCUUAGUUUGUUUGUUCACUGUUGUUAAAUCUUUGAUAGAUUUUAUGAAGCCAUGAUCCUGACCGCAUGUCAAUGUGGACACUUUUGUUCAGGAUUGGCAUUAGCACUACUUUGGCUUGGGAGAAUACUUUGGGAAUAAGGGGAUAAUAAUAAUUUAUUGGUGUGUUGACAAUGUUUCUCUUGGGAAUCUGAUGCUUCGUUGAUUGAUGCUCUGACUUGCAGUUUGCACACAAUCUCUCACAGCCUUUAAAACGACUUACUCUGAACUCAGAUACACCUCUUGUUUCUCAACACCUCUCGUUCCUCAAUCCAUGUUUUGAUUAUUCGUGCACUCAACUU